CAAACGGUACUGUGCUGCUGCUCACAACGUUAUUUCCAAUUUUGUCACCGUCUUUCUUUCUCUCUGUCUGUCCCUUAUACUGUCCUCGUUUCGUCACCAACAUUUUCCCUCCCUUCCUGUCGUCAUCGUCGACGAUAGCAACUUUUCCCCCGACUGCCUUUGCGCCCCCGCGAUCCCGGUGGACAGGGAAUGUCGAAUUGAAACGGCUCUUGCUUGACCGGCAAGUUUGCUGUUGCUGCCCCUGUAGAUCCUGGCUGCGCAUCCUUCUGGCUCCAGGGACGUAGCGGCGCACUCUAGUCGACAACCUCAGGGGAGAAGGAGCGCGCCCAUCCACCAACAAACUCUCGACCGACACACGUCGUUCGUCACCGUCACGGUUUUUCUCCCGCUUUCUGCUUGCGCGUGCUGGCAGAACCACUUCCCCACAGGCAGUAUCGUCAACAAGCAAGCUGCGCAUUGCGGAGGACUUGCCCCUCGAAGUCGACUGGGACGGUCGCGUGUGCACGAGACGCAGGCGCAUAACGUCUCGGCCCGUCUCCCUCGCCGCCACCACCACCACAGCUUCCUCAUCCCACGUCGACGCCGCGGCGUGGCGACAACACAAUCAUGGCGAUACUCCAGACCACCGCCUCGCGAGGCGGUGGGGGCAAGGCCGGCGGCGCCAAAAGUCUUGGGAGGAAUAUAUCACUGAUCACGCUGACGUUUCAAAAUUCGGCGCUCAUACUGAUCAUGCACUACUCGCGCGUCAUGCCGCCGUCUGGCGACCAUCGCUACUUUACCUCGACGGCAGUUUUCCUCAACGAGGUCAUCAAGCUCGGCGUCGCCCUGACGCUAGCCAUAUACGAGGCCUCCAAGACUCUCGCACCAAGCACGCCGGCUACGAUUCUCUUCGAGCAGAUCUACAAUGCCGUCUUCUCGGCCGACGGCUGGCAGCUCGCCAUGCCGGCGGCUUUCUACACUCUGCAGAACCUGCUGCAGUACGUCGCGGUGGAGAAUCUAGACCCGGUGCACUUUCAGGUCUUGUACCAGAUCAAGAUCCUCACGACUGCCAUCUUCAGCGUCUUCCUCCUGCGGCGCCAGCUUGGCCUUAAGGGCUGGGUCUCGCUCAUCAUCCUGACAUUGGGAGUAUCCGUCGUCUCGCUCCCAUCAUCUGGAACGGCCGUCGACGCGCUCCUCCUUCACGGCAUUCCCGACCACUACUUUCCCCGCUCCAAGCACGAGCUCGGCCAGGCCGCAGUCCCGGACCUCUCCAUCUCGGACACGCACCUGACGCGGCGCUCUGCCACGUAUGAGGGCAUCGCCAACGACUUGCCGCCCCCGGACCCGCUCAUGAACUAUUCGGUCGGCGUCACCGCAGCUGUGGUUGCGGCCGUCGUAUCCGGCCUCGCGGGCGUCUACUUCGAGAAGCUCCUCAAGGAGAGCCCCACGCAGGCGAGCGUCUGGGUGCGCAAUGUCCAGCUCAGUUUCUACUCGCUCAUCGCCGCCUUUUUCGGCGGCGUCAUCUGGCAGGACGGCGCGGGCAUCCGCGAGCACGGCUUCUUCGAGGGCUACAACGGCGUCGUUUGGGCCGCUGUCGUGCUACAGGCCGCGGGCGGCCUGAUUGCCAGCCUCGUUAUUCGAGACGCAGACAACAUUGUCAAGAACUUUGCCACGAGUAUCAGCAUCGUCAUUAGCUUCGUCGUGAGCGUCUGGGCUUUCAAGUUUACCGUUACCCUACCGUUCCUUGUCGGCACAGCGCUCGUCCUCGCCGCGACGUACCUGUACAGCGUCCCCGAGCGUAGCCUCCACCGCCCGCCGCCCAUGCGCAUCGCCAGCUUCGAGAAGCCCGCUAUCGAGAAGCUCAUCACCCCCGCCUCCACUCCGCGCACGCUCGACCCCCCGCGCCUCAACCUCGACCCCUUUGAUGCCAAGGGUCUCGGCGUCACAUCGAGCAGGCCCAGCAGCCCCAUGCUGGCCCGUCAGAAGAGUAGGACGCACCUCCACCGCGAAUCUUGAUUGCAACUUCCCGUGCGCCGAGGACGACAACCGAACGAAAAACGGCACACCUUUCUUCCUCCCUCCCAUCCCCACCGGUUCGCUUCUCCUUGGUGUCUCGGGCGGCGGGCGACUUGGCAUCCGGAUCAAUGGUUGCCAUUUGUCUGACCUGCCUGCUUUUUUCUUCUGGUGCGGAGGCCAUCCUCGCUUCUUUUGUGCCUGCGGGUUUACUUUUGCCACGCCUGGAUGAUGCGACAAAUGUGCAUGGAAAAGAAUAGUAGAAUUUAGACGUCCUUUUGCGACUCCCCCCUUAUCCUCAGCUCAUACCUCCCCCCAAACAACACACAUUUCAAGUCACGCGCCCUUUCCCCUAGGCUGGCUAGCCUCUCUCCUUCCUUACUGUUUACAUUCGAGAAAGGCUGCAUUCAAAUCCUGGAUGGAGUAAGGGGGUUUUACGAACCCCCCCCCGGAGCGAGGGAUUAGGGGAACUUUCUGUGCUUUUGCGUCGGCGCAGCGGGGGAAGACUGUUUUGCAGAGAGUGAUUGCAUGGAUGGAUGGAUAGAUGCGUUGGACCUGCGAGAGGUGAAACAGUCAAAUUUUUUUCGUAACGGAGGGGGGCGAACAGGGGACGGCUUGAUCUUAGGAAGCAAGAGAAGAGGAAGAGUAGUAGAGAGUGAGCGCGGCUGUGAGCCCAAGCACGUGCUGUCUGUGAGACCAACGAGAGUGGGCGUUGGUGGGAGAUACCUAGAUGAUGGGCGGGCGGAAUAUAGAAGAAGAACACCGGUCUGUGGCAUCGUCCACCGGGAGAGCAUGCGUGUAUAGAAGCAUCAUUGGUGAUCUGUCUAGUGAAAUA